CUCUAUUACUAGCUCGCUCGCGCACGGGCCCGACCGGAGCCAAGUACGUGUUCGCGUAGCUGCUGCUUCUUCUUCUAGCGCGCGGAUCGAUGGUGUCGUUGCAGUCGGCGCUGCUGCCGGAGGCCAGGCGGCCGCGGCCGCCGUGCCUCCCGCUCGUCGAUGCCGUCGCCGUCGCCUCCACCGCCACCAGCAAGAAGCGGAAGCGGGACGGCGGGGACGACGGAGACGGUGAGCGUGGCGAGGUCGGGAUCGAGCUCAGCUUCGACGCCGCGCCGCUGCCUCUCGAGUGGCAACGCUGCCUCGACAUCAAGUCGGGGCAGAUUCACUACUACAACACGAGGACGCACAAGAGGACGUCCAGGGACCCGAGGGCGGAGGAGCCGGCGCCGGCGCCGGAGUUGCACCACCACCGCGCCUCGCCCGCGGAGGAGGAGGAGCAGGCCGCGAAUUAUUGCGCGCCACCGCCGGGACUGGACCUGGAGCUCAACCUCACGUUCGAGCCGCGCCGGGUGCCCGUCCAGGAGAUCAAGAAGCCGAGGCGGCCGGUCGCCGAGACGACCACGAAGUUAGCAGCUGCAGUGGACGAGGAGAAGGUAGCGGCGCCGCUCGAGCUGCCGGCCGGUGGCGCGUCAAGGGAGAUGGUCGCCGCCGUGUGCACGCGGUGCCACAUGCUGGUGAUGAUGUGCCGCGAGUGGCCGGCCUGCCCAAACUGCAAGUUCGUGCACCCAACGACAGCGAACCAGAGCUCGCCACCGCCGCCGCCGCCGCCGCCGGAGCCGGUGCCGCUCAAGCUCGGUCUCCAGCUCCUCUGCUGCAAGGACUAGCCAUCAACAACAAGCACCUGAUCUGAUCCAAUGCCCCAACACAUGAUCAUGAUCAAUCGAUCGCUCGUCGUCUCAAGCUCCUCGAUCGACCAGUGCAACGGCUGUCGUUAUAGAGCGCAUGUACGCCGUAGCUAUCUAUACACACAAAUAUUGUCACUACGUAGCUGCGUCGUCGUACAAGUGCAAUAACCAAGCAGUGGUAAUUAAGGCCACUGUUAGUGUACGUACGUAAGUAGAUGAUUAUUAGGCGGCUUAAUCAAACAAGGAAAUUAAGUUGUUCGCAGAGGAGCAAGUGAUGAUCAAUACUCCUAGCUAGCUAGCUGGUGACCGAUGGGCGAUGGUGAGGUAUGAAUAUAUGAUGAUGAUGAUGAUGUGUAGAUAUAAGUGCAAAUAUAAAUGUAGCCUGGAACUUUGUGGGUAUGCGUCACUAGCUCACCAGGCUCACUUGCCCGUGCAUGUGUAUUGCGAAUUUCGAUCGAGUUGCUUGCUCAUCGCCACUAUAUGUGCGUGUGUGUGCAUUGUAGAAAGUUGGUUGGCUGUUGGUGAGCAGAAAUUUAUUGGUGCCUGCGUGCUUAUGUUUUGUGUAGUAGUGCAUGCUGUUUCUGCGAUGGAGCUGCAUUGAUGGACACCC